AUGGCUAACAAAACACACAAGAGCUUCUUCAUGCCAAUGUUAUGUCGAUUUUCGUUAAACGACACCGUCAAACCCACCAGAUUACACGAAACCUCGUCAUCACAUGAUCCAUCAUCACCGAAACUAAGUUGUACUGGUCAAAUUAAAAAGAGAUCCAACAACAAUGAAAAGAACAACAACAACACUCACUUCAUGGCUAGCAGAUUAUCAGCUUCCACCAACUCGAGAUCAUCUGCCCAUUACACUAAGCUUUACAAACUCUUAUCGGGUAAAAACCUCAUCUCUCCGGCUAUUGAUACAACUUUCAUCAACAAUCCUAAUAACAAAUGUGUUACAAAGAGAAGUAAGAGUUGUAAUGAUAGAGCACGGAUACCAAUUAGUACCAAAAGCUAUUCUAUGACUAGUAGUGUUGUGCUAGCACAAGAAUUGGAUCCACCAUUGCCAGUAGUGAAAUAUGAUCAUCGAGAUAAGAAAGGGAACGUAAAUCUUUGCAAGAGACGAGGACUCGAAAUGAAAACACUCCAGAUUCAGCCUAUUCAAGUGACCAUCGAUCAAAAUAAUGUUGCUACUAAUAAUAACAAUGCUGCAUUCUUGGCUGAAACAUCGGCCACAACUUUAUGA